UGGUCAUGAAGUCUGGAGUAUCACUUAUUAGUGAAUUUCUGGAGUGGAUAGAAUGAAAAUGUUAUAUAAAUUGGUUUGUUUGUGUUGGGCAGUGUCUUAUGUGUUGGCAGCACCAUCCCCUAAACAGGCCGAUCAAGAAUCGGAACCUACAGUGAUACCAAUAGUUUCACAAUCUGAUGAAUUAGAACCAAAUGGAACAUAUAGAUUCAGUUAUGAAACGGGCAACGGUAUAAAACGGGAAGAAGUCGCUUAUGACAAAGUUCUUCCUAAAGCUAAGGGACGUUCGGCCAAUAGUAACGAAGGUGGUGAAAAUAGUGACAGUGAUGAGAGCAAUGAGAUCCAUGUUCAAAAAGGCUCUUAUUCCUAUACCGCACCCGAUGGCACUGUCAUCACUGUAAGAUAUAUUGCAGAUGAGAAUGGUUUUCGACCAAUUGGUAAACAUUUACCAAGAGUACCGAAAGUAACGUCAGAUAGUGCUAGUAGUGGUGAAAAAACUGGAAGAGCUCUUAAUAAACAUUCUAGUGGGAAGUCAAAAUCUGCACCUGCAAUAGUUGCACGAUCAGGUGUACAAGAUCAAGAAAAGUCCUCAUCAUCAACUCCAUCAUCAAAUACUAAUACAAAUAACUCUGAGUCUACUACACCAGCUCCACUCCAGCAAACUACAUCUCCUGAAGUUAAUAAUACAAAAAGUGCAAACAAAUCAGCGAGUAAUUCAGAUGAAAACACUACAACUAAAGGCCUUGAUACAACAACAGAAGAAGCUUCUACAGUAACUUCCUCAGACAAAACUAACUCAGAAGCAACAACAACAGUAGCAACUGAUAAUUCUGCUCAUCCUGAAACAUCUACUAUUACAGCGUCUUCAAAUACGACAACUGAAAUAUCAUCAACAGCAGCUAAAGACGAAUCUACUACUACAGAAUUAGGAUCAACAGUAUCUUUUGAUGUUAGUUCUACACCGGUCUCGGAUUCAAUAACAACUACGCCUUCCGAAACAGUAUCAACGACCAUUUCUGAGAAUACAUCUACAACUAGCUCAGAUCAUUCUAAUCCAUCUAGUUUGGAAUCGUCGACAACGGAAAUACCAAGCACUACCACCGUUUCUGCAUAAGGUUAUAGUAAUAGACAUAAUAAUGUCUUAAUAAAUUUUAAUAUGUGACUGUAUAUAAGUAUUGAAUUGGUGCCAUUAUUAUUGUUAUGAUACUUAAUAGGAUAAAAUAUUUGCCAUUAA